AUGCUUCCGAGGCUUCUCCCAAAACAAUGUAUACGAAAUUUGGGUAAGUUUAGACCCUCUUUAAGAAGCUUAGAAACAAUUGGCACACGGUCAUCUUUCACUGCUACUAAUGUUAAUGCUGACGCUGUUAGAAGUGGUGGAUACCGUCAAUUCAGUUCGAGCCAUGCUGUCCACAAAUCAGCGGAAAUACCAUUCGAAAAACUAAGCGAAGACCAAAAAGAAGUUAUGUCGGAAGAACGAGCUGUUGAUAAAGUGGACGUUUGUAUUGUAGGUGGAGGACCAGCAGGGCUCGCAACGGCUAUCAAGUUUAAACAGCUGGACAACUUGCACGGUUCUGGUGAGCUAAGGGUCGUGGUUUUGGAAAAAGCUCCUGACAUGGGCUCUCAUAUGGUUUCCGGAGUUAUCAUGGAGCCUCGUGCGUUAAGAGAGCUAUUUCCUGAAAGCGAACACUACGAUGAAAAUGGCAAUGGUAUCCCACUUCCGCCUGAUAUCGUCACACCUGUAACUUCUGGCGAGUUGAAAUAUCUCAUCGGAGAUUUCGAUCUGCCAAUCCCAGAGCCUCCACAAAUGUCAAACGAAGGCAACUACAUUGCUUCUUUGAGCCAGAUAGUCAGACACCUUGCCGAAAAAGCUGAGGAAUUGGGCGUUGAAGUAUUCCCCGGAAUAUCUGUCUCAGAGGUCCUGUACAGUGACGAUGGAAACUCGGUUAUUGGAGUGGCAACGAAAGAUAUGGGAAUCUCCAAACAGGGCGAACCCAAAUCGUCUUUCGAAAGGGGCAUGGAAUUUCAUGCCAGACAAACUGUGUUGGCCGAGGGCUGUCACGGCUCAUUAACCAAACAGCUAAUCAAAAAGUUCGAUUUAAGAAAGGGCAAGUGUAACCAAACAUACGGGCUAGGUAUAAAAGAGGUGUGGGAAGUAAAACCUGAAAACUUCAAAAAGGGUUUUGCCGCUCACACAAUGGGUUUUCCCUUGUCUAAUGAUGUUUACGGAGGUGGUUUCAUGUACCACUUUGGCGACGGUUUAGUCGCCGUGGGUCUAGUUGUUGGUCUCGAUUACAGAAACCCAUAUGUCUCUCCUUACAAAGAAUUUCAGAAAAUGAAACACCAUUCUUACUACGAACGCAUCUUGUCUGGAGGCAAGUGUCUCGAAUAUGGUGCUCGUGCGCUCAAUGAAGGUGGACUGCAAUCUGUCCCUAAGCUAAACUUCCCAGGAGGUGUUCUUGUGGGCGCUUCGGCCGGCUUUAUGAAUGUUCCAAAAAUCAAAGGUACUCACACUGCAAUGAAAACUGGUAUGAUGGCCGCUGAAAGCAUGUUCGAAGCCAUCUCUAAAAUGCCAUCAAUUGAACAGUUGGAGGAAGAAGGUGUAGAUGGAGUGGUAACGUCGCCUCUAAACCUACAAGAAUAUGACAAAAGUUUCAAAAACUCUUGGGUAUAUGACGAACUUUUCGCUGUACGCAACAUCAGACCUUCUUUCAAUCAUCCUCUAUUAGGUCGUCUGGCCGGUAUGGCAUACUCUGGUGUAGACUCUCUCUUAUUGAAUGGACAGGUUGCGUGGACCUUCAAACAUCAUGAAUCGGAUGCUGCUGUUACCGAUCUAGCCGACAAGUAUGAACCCAUUGAUUAUCCAAAGCCGGACGGAAAGAUCUCUUUUGAUAUCCUUACUUCCGUUUCCCGCACUGGAACUUACCACGACGAAGACGAGCGCUGUCAUUUGAGAGUGCCAGAACAAGAUCUCGAAAAACACGCUUCUAAAGCUUACCCUAAGUGGAAAGGUACUGAGUCUCGGUUUUGCCCUGCCGGGGUCUAUGAAUACGUUGGUGACGAAAAUUCGGCAUUGGGUGUUAAGUUCCAAAUCAACAGCCAGAAUUGUAUCCAUUGUAAAACCUGCGAUAUCAAAGAUCCGACACAAGAUAUUAAUUGGGAGGUGCCGGAAGGUGGCGAUGGACCAAAAUACACCCUAACUUAA